AUGUCUGAAGAAUCGUCUGCGGAUCGCAAUGUCGAAAUAUGGAAGAUCAAGAAGCUGAUCAAGAGCUUGGAAAUGGCUAGAGGGAACGGGACCUCGAUGAUUUCCCUGAUAAUUCCGCCCAAGGAUCAAAUCUCGCGGGUUUCCAAAAUGUUGGCCGAUGAAUUCGGUACGGCUUCCAACAUCAAGUCGCGAGUGAAUCGGUUGUCCGUGCUCGGCGCCAUCACCUCCGUACAGCAUAGGCUUAAGCUUUAUACUAAAGUACCUCCGAACGGCCUCGUAAUCUACUGCGGUACUAUAGUCACAGAGGAGGGCAAAGAAAAGAAGGUCAACAUUGACUUUGAGCCCUUCAAGCCGAUCAACACGUCGCUGUACCUGUGUGACAAUAAGUUCCAUACUGAAGCGCUCACGGCUCUGCUGGCUGAUGAUAACAAGUUUGGUUUCAUCGUCAUGGACGGUAACGGGGCCCUGUUUGGUACGCUGCAGGGUAACACGCGAGAGGUCCUUCACAAAUUCACAGUAGACCUUCCGAAGAAGCACGGUCGUGGUGGUCAGUCUGCCCUACGUUUCGCUCGUCUCCGUAUGGAGAAGCGUCACAACUACGUACGUAAAGUAGCUGAGGUGGCCACCCAGCUCUUCAUCAGCGCCGACCGUCCUAAUGUUGCUGGUCUUAUCCUCGCCGGUUCUGCUGACUUCAAGACUGAAUUGUCGCAGUCUGAUAUGUUUGAUCCGCGUCUGCAAGCCAAGAUCAUCAAGCUGGUGGACGUGUCGUACGGCGGCGAGAACGGGUUCAACCAGGCCAUUGAACUGGCGGCCGAAUCUCUGCAGAACGUCAAGUUUAUACAGGAGAAGAAACUCAUUGGAAGAUACUUUGAUGAGAUUUCACAGGACACCGGCAAAUAUUGCUUCGGUGUGGACGACACGCUGCGCGCCCUCGAGCUCGGUGCCGUCGAGACUCUCAUCUGCUGGGAGAAUUUGGAUAUCCAGAGAUACGUUCUGAAGCUUCAUGCCACCAACCAGGAGACCAUCCUUCAUCUGACCCCGGAACAGGAAAAGGACAAGUCACAUUUCACCGACAAAGAGAGCGGCGUUGAGUUGGAGCUGGUAGAGUGCCAGCCCCUGCUGGAGUGGCUGGCCAACAACUACAAGUCGUUCGGAGCCACGCUCGAGAUCAUCACCGACAAGAGCCAGGAGGGCAGCCAGUUUGUGCGCGGCUUCGGUGGGAUCGGAGGUCUCCUACGCUACAAAGUUGACUUCCAGUCUAUGCAGCUCGACGACGAGGAAAUCGACAAUCUGUACGACAUCGACGACUAUUAA